UGCCGGGGAGAGAGGGACCGGAGGAGGACAGUGCACGGAUCUAACGGAAGCACAGCCGGUGGGAUUUGACCUCGCAGACCGGAGGAGCAUCGUCACUCACCCAGCCGCCGCGACGCCGCCCUCUGUCUCUGUUCUCGAGCCCAAGUGCGUGCGGCGCGCCUCCGGUGGCGCAUUCGCGCGUUCGUGUGGUGUGUCCGCGGUGCGAACCUCGCCGUGCCCGAUGCCGAGCGAUGGAGGCGGCGAGGCGGCGCUGCGCCAGUGCGAGCUCCUCCAGAACAUGAUCGACAUCUCGCUGUCCAGCCUGCAGGGCCUGCGGACCAAGUGCGCCGCCAGCAACGACCUCACACAGCAUGAGAUCCGCACACUGGAGGUGAAGCUCAUGAAGUACAUCUGCAAACAGCUGCAGUGCAAGUUGAAAGUUCCGGAGACAGAGCGACCGCAGGCCCUGAACACGUACCCACGCCUGGGGGACUGGCUACGCACGGUCAGCCUGAGAGCCGAGCUCAUAGAGGCGCUGCCUGUGAAGUUGUCGUUGGAUGCCUUGCUGCAGAUGCCCAGCGCUCAGGUGCGAGAGACCAUGAGGAGCUUGGGAGCCACUGCAGAGGAGUGUGUUCGGCUCUGCGCCGCCCUCUCAUGCUUAAAGAGCGCCACUGAAUCAGGAGAGUGUAAUGAGGACGGAGGUUGCUGGUUUUCUGAGCCCACUCGACGGGACAGUGGAGGUCUCACCCCAGCAGACCAAAUCCCUUUACUCGGAAGUCUAACACGCCCUCAUAGCCCCUCCCCUCUUGCCCGGCCUCCUACCACACCCACCACGCCCACCGUGCCCACCACGCCCCUUAUCUCAUGCCUUCACUCUCGCCAUCUUCCACCCAACCACGAGGCCCAUAUCUACCAUGGCUAUGCGGAGAGCUUGACAGACCCGAGUCCCUACUACUCAUCCUGGCCUGUCCGUGUCCAUGGACACUCCUCCACCCCACCCAUAACCCCACCCUCAAAGAGGAGGCACCGCCUGAAGCCACCCUGCACGCCACCGCCACCUUCACGCAAGGUACUUCACAUCCUGCCCAAUAUCACCCUGACACGCAGCAAGAGCCACGAGAGCCAACUGGGCAACCGUAUUGAAGACACGCCCCCCAGCAAGUGUGGGAAGAAAAAUAAGUUGUUCCUGAAUGUCCAGAUUAACGGCAACGCUUGUGACGAUUCGCCAUCUCGAUCUCCGCUGCUUUCUGCCCGGACAUACAGCGCUGUGCCAGCUACUGCCCCAUAUACCCUGCCGGGGACACCGACGCUGCUGGAGGAACACGGAGGCCUGAGGAAUAACAUCGCAGUCCAUCGCAGCUCUCCGCAGGCAGUGAGGAGAGACAUCGGCCUGGCUGUCACUCACAGGUUCUCAACCAAGUCGUGGCUCUCGCAGACGUGUCAAGUGUGCCAGAAGAACAUGAUCUUCGGAGUGAAAUGCAAACACUGUAGGUUAAAGUGUCACAAUAAAUGCACGAAAGAGGCUCCUUCCUGUCGAAUAUCAUUCCUCCCCAUCACAAAGAUCCGGAGGACGGAGUCCGUGCCGUCGGAUAUCAACAACCCUGUGGAUCGACCGGCUGAGGCGCCGCAGUUUGGCACGUUACCAAAGGCAAUAACCAAGAAGGAUCAUCCAUCUGUGAUGAAUCAGUUGGACUCCAGCAGUAACCCGUCCUCCACCACGUCCUCCACCCCGUCAUCCCCGGCACCAUUCCAGCAGAGUAACCCAUCCAGUGCCACCCCACCCCCCAACCCUUCACCCAAAAACCACCGUGACAACCGCUUUAACUUCCCAGCUGCCUUCUACUUUCAGCAUAGACAACAGUUUAUCUUCCCCGAUGUGUCCAGUUCCAACACACUUCACCCAGAAGGCCUACCAGACACAGUGAAUGAGACAGACCCAUCAGAGGAGGACGUGCAUGCCAAGCUGGCUGAGCAUGAAGACGGAGAAGAGGAAGAGGAAGACGAGGAUGCGGAAGCAGAGGAGCAAGAUGACGCAAGCGUAGAGGAGGAAGAUGGGCAGGAGGAAGCUGAAGAAGAAGAGGAAGAGGAGGAGGAGGAAGAUGAGGUGAGCUUUGAAGAGACAAACGGAGGCUCAGAUGGUGAAGGAGAUGGAGACGAGCUGGAUGAUCUGCCCAGCGCAAGAGGCAGUGGGCCCUGGAAGGGUCCUGUCUCACGCAAGGCCAGCCAGACCAGUGUCUACCUGCAGGAGUGGGACAUCCCUUUUGAGCAGCUUGACCUGGGUGAGCUGAUCGGCAAGGGUCGCUGGGGACGGGUACACCGGGGCCGCUGGCACGGCGAGGUGGCCAUCCGCCUGCUGGAGAUUGAUGGCAACAAUCAGGACCAUCUCAAGCUUUUCAAGAAGGAGGUAAUGAACUACAGGCAAACCCGCCACGAGAACGUGGUGCUGUUCAUGGGGGCCUGCAUGGCACCGCCACACCUUGCCAUCAUCACCAGCUUCUGCAAAGGCCGGACGUUGUACUCUGUUGUGAGAGAUACAAAGAACACACUAGACAUCAACAAGACGAGACAGAUUGCCCAGGAGAUUGUGAAGGGAAUGGGUUACUUGCAUGCAAAGGGCAUCGUUCACAAGGACCUGAAAUCGAAGAACGUCUUUCACGACACCAACAAAGUAGUAAUCGCUGACUUUGGACUUUUUGGAAUCUCAGGAGUGGUUCAGGAGGGAAGGCGAGAGAAUGAGCUGAAGCUUCCUCACGGCUGGAUUUGCUACCUGGCUCCGGAGAUUGUGCGCAAGAUGAGUCCCGGCAACAACGAGGACCGCUUGCCCUUUUCCAAUGCAGCUGAUGUAUACGCCUUUGGCACUAUUUGGUACGAGCUGCAAGCGAGGGACUGGCCGAUCACCAACCAGCCAGCAGAAGCCACCAUCUGGCAGGUGGGCAGUGGAGAGGGCAUCAAGAAAGUGCUGGCGGAGAUCAGCCUGGGCAAAGAAGUCACGGAGAUCCUGUCAGCCUGCUGGGCGUACGACCUGCGCGAGCGACCCACAUUCACGCAACUGGCCGACAUGCUGGAGAAACUGCCCAAGCUCAACCGCAGACUCUCGCACCCUGGACACUUCUGGAAAUCCGCAGAGUAUGUAUUGUAAUGGCAGGAUGGAGACGCAGGGACACAUCAAAAUGUCUGGCAACAUUUACUCUACCCAGCUCGCCCUUUUGACAGAGAUGCAAGAAUGUCUCAGCAGACUUUGUGAUUCUUCUCAAUCUCAGAGUGGAAACAAGAGGAAGUGUAAAGUUGUGUUCAGUUUACUGACAUUUGGUUGAAUCCUGAGAAAUUGUGAUUGACCACAAAUUGCAUUUCAUUUCUCUUUAAACAGAAAUACGCUACCAUUCAAAAGUUUGUAUACCCCUGCUCAUAAAUGAGCAUUAAAUUGACUAUUUACAUUUGUGUAAAAAUGUAUAAAAUACACAGCCUGGUCAAAAAAAAAGUCGCCAUUUGGAUUUAAAUACACAAAUACUUAAGAGCCUUUGAUUGAAUAAUUACUGCAGUGAUUAAUAUGUUUCAGCUGACAACAAUUCUUUUAACCCUAACUGAUGCAGUAAGUAGCUUCUCAUUUCUUUAACAACCAUGUCGGGAGAUGGAUCCCGUAGUCAUGAAAAAGAUUUUACUGCGUUUCAGAAGGUCAAAUCAUUGGCCUGGAUCAAGCAAAGAAAACAACUAAGGAGAUUGCUGAAGUGACUGGAACUGGGUUCAGAACUGUCCAAUGCAUUAUUAAAACCUGGAAGUAUAGUGAUAAACCCUCAACUUCAAGGAAAAACUGUGAACUGAAAAAUCUUGACUGACCAUGAUCAGAGAUCACUUAAAAUGCUUGGUGAAGUCGAAUCGUAAAAGAUUAACAGUGGAACUCACAGCUAUGUUUAAUGGUGACAGUAAGACCACACAGUUUCCACACACACAAUGUGACAAGAACAUACAAGAUGGGUAUGUCAGGGUAAAAAGGGAAGCACAUGAAGCGAUGCACCCAUCAUGCAUAAUGGCCACUGUACAAGCCUCUGGAGGCAGUGUGAUGAUCUGGGGCUGCUUCAGUUGGUCAGUUCAAACCUCAGAAACAUUAUGUGACAAUAAAAGGAAGUCAACUGAUGACCUGAAUGUGCUGAAUGACCAGGUUAUCAUCGCAUCAACGGAUUUUUUUUUCUUCCCUGAUGGCACGGGCAUAAAAUUAGAGCUCAGAUUGUAAAAGAGUGGUUCAGGGAGCAUGAGGAAUCAUUUUCACACAUGAAUUAACCACCGCAGAGUCCUGACCGAAAGCCCACUGAAAGUUUUUGGGAUGCUGGAGAAGACUUUACAGAGUGGUUCGACUCUCCAGUCGUCAAGACGCAAUCUCGGCAAAAAUUAAUGCAACUCUGGACGGAAAUAAAUGUUGUGACAUUGCAUAAACCUGUAGAAACAAUGCCAUGGUAAAUGUGCACGAUAAUCAAAGCUAAAGGUGGUCCAACGUGUGAUUUUUUUUUUUUGGCCGGGCAGUGGAGCUAAAAGUACAUGCUACAGUAUGAAUGUGCUCAAACUUUUGAUUAGUCGUGGACAAAAAUUUGUGCUAGCUGAACUAAUAUCGCAAAACUAUUUUUUGUUUAAAAGCAUUAUUUUAUGCUAAGCAGGGCACAGGAAUGAAAAAUUGUUGCUUGUGCUUGGAGAAUAUUAAUGUUGUUUUUCUUUUCUUUUAUUCCCCAUCAUUACCCCGUCUUCCUUUCUGUCUGUGAGCAGAACCUACACUAACAUCUGACCUUGUUUUCAUAUUAAUAAACGUUCUUUUCCCUUCUUCUGAUUUGCCUGAUAACAACCUAACCUCUUGCUUUUCUCUCUUCUGUCUGACUUUCCUUUUCACCGUCCUUUAGGUUGUAGCUGAAACACUAAAGCAAUGCAAAACAAAAAGCCCCAGAUCUGCCUUGCAUGCAUACUGAAAUAAAGAACUCGUGGACUCUGAGCAGAAACAAGACGCACUUCCUGCUCCCAACGUUCCGGCGUGUGAUCUUCCGCCUUUGCUUGCUGUCCUUGGAGGGGAGGCCGCUUUGGCAAUGCACGGAAACUGAGCAACUCUCGCCUCCGCUGUUUCUGAGUAUUCCCUUUGGAGUGUGCGCUGUAAGCCUCUUUCUUCACUCUCUCUCUCUCUCUCUCUCUCUCUCUCUCUCUCCUGCGUCUUGGACGAAUCUGAACUUAUGAGAUGUAGCGUCUGCCUGGUGGAAUUUUUCUCCCUCUUGUGGCAGCCUGUCCCUCCUCUUUUUUUUUUAGGACACUUCUUCACUUCUUUUCCCUUGUGACUGGAUGCACCACACUCUUUCUUCCUUCUUCCUACACUUUGUUUUUGGACUCCAGCUCCUUCAACGAUGUGCACUAUUGCUUCUCUGAUAAACAGGCUCACUCGUCACGGUCUUUCUGCACAGACUGACUAUAAAUGCUGUCGUACCCUUUGCUGCAUAGUGGUGCCCAAUGACUCAACACCACCAAAUGUCUUUUAAAGGAACAGGAUGGCCAGAAAUAUAUAUUUUGAAUCACCCUAACCCAGAAUGUAGUCAAUCAACAAAAACACGUUGGCACAGGCAUAAGUAAAGGAAGCGAAUAGUCUCUAGUAUCACAUUGGGUGAAUUGCAUGCCUAAAUCAUCACACACUCACUUCAGAAAUAUUGUUGGCUCAAAAACACUGUCUACCCAGAAACAGCAGAAUGAGUCUGUGUAAAAUAAAUAUCAAAUCACAAAUAUAUUACCGUUCAAACCACAAUCAUCUAAUGCACAGUAAUUCAAAAGUUGACGCAUUAAGCUUAAAAUUUGCAGAAAUUUAUUUUCGUCUUACACAAACAAGCAGUUUGUUGUCCAAACAGCGAAUGUCCAAAACGUUGCAUUUCUUUCGAUCAAAUUUCUAAAGAAUGUUCAUUUCUGAAUUCUAAAAUAGCUUAAAAUUAGCUUGACUAUAUACAGUGACUGUUCAUUCUCUAAAAAUAGUUUAAAUAGCUAUUAAACUGCUUGAUUUUAAAAGCAACCACACAAAUAUCUUGCUAUUACGAAAUGUCAGUUCGUAGAAACAACAUCUACCGUAUUUCACAACUUAACAUAGUUUGAGGCAAGUAUAUGAUAGUUUAACAUGAUAUCCUGUAAAGAUAAGAAAGUGCUUUUCUUUAGUUUCUACAAGGUUUUCUUUAGAUAGAUAGCUACAUUACAAACUCGACAGUAAAAUAUAUUUCAAUGUGAGCUUCUAUUAAUUGUUAGUAAUUAAUUAAAGACAGCUUGAUUUUAAAAGUAGAAAAGCAAACAACUUGUUACCAGGACAUGCUAGUCAAACUACGGUAGCUCGCUAAUAUUUUGCUAAAACGCUGCUAUUGCUGUUCAUAAGUAGCUAGACUAGACACCGAGACACAGAUACACAUUUGAUGUAAAGAUAUGUAGGAAUUAUUCUUUAAUUUGUAAAUAAUUAAUGUUCAGUACAAAAGACUAAAGCUAGCUAGCUGCAUUAGAAGCUACAGUACAUAGUAAAAUAGUUUAAAAGUAGCUCAGCUACGGUUACUAAAAUUGUAAAGUUAACGAUAAACUUCUAAUUUGAUUUUAAAAGUAAGUAUACUAACAACUAGGAAACAGUUAAAAAAGUAGCUAGGCUAAACACUUAGUUUCACAGCAUUGACUGUUCUUGUUUCGCUAGCUACAAGAUGGCUGCUACUAGAUAGAUAGAUAGAUAGAUAGAUAGAUACCAGUAUUUCAUAAUAAUAAUAAUAAUGUAAAGAUAUUUAACAAGUUAUUUCAGUUGGAGGUAAUGCAUGAUGUU